AUGUACGGCGCCAUCAACGCCUUCAAAGGUGAUGCUACUUUCUACGCUCCGGGAUUAGCCGCCUGCGGGAAGACCAACAAGGAAAGCGACCUAAUCGUGGCCGUCAGCCACGUGGAAUACGGCAAGCACGCUAACCCCAACAAGGCGCCGGUGUGUGGGAAGUGCGCUCUGGUCAAAGCCGACGGGACAACCAAGAGCGUCAAGGUCAACGUGGUGGACAGCUGUCCGGGAUGCAACAGCGGCUCCGUGGAACUUUCGCCGGCGGCGUUCAAGAAACUGGCGUCGGUGGACAAGGGCCGUAUUCAGGUCACCUGGGAUUACGUCAAAUGUUAG